AUGGGAAAGUCCAAGAUUAGAGAUUUCGACCCCGAGUCGCUUCUUGACCCUGCGCCCAGCUCCAGCGAAGACGAGCGCUCCGAUGCAAGCCUCUCAGAAAAUGAAGAUGACAAUGCCGGGCGCGAACAUUAUACUUCUGUCGGAAAAAGCAAGCUGAGGAAGCCAGUUGAGGUACCGCUGGGUCCGGAAUACACUGGACGCAAGGUGGAUCGCAAAGCGCUCGAAGACAGCGAUAGCGAUGACCCGUUCGCUAGAGGCUUCGACGAUGAGGACAGUGAAGCGAGCGACGACGAGAUUGAAGGUGGCAUGAAUGGAAUAGAGCUUGGCGACGAAGACGACACCGCCGAGGAAGACUCAAACGGCGACUUCGACGAGGACAUGAGCGACGAAGACGAGGAAAUGGGAAGCGCAGAAGAGAGCGGAAGUGACGACGAUGCCAAUGAAGCCGAAGACUCGGAAGACGAAAAGUCUGGCGACGAGGUCAAGCCUGACGCGUCUACCAUCCGCGAUCUCAUGUCUGCGAACAAGUCGUUCACGUCGACAAUUGCCGCCGGUACGCAGAACGACGUAGCAAAGGGAGAAGCUGUCAAGACCCAGCGGAAGACAUUCGACACGUUACUUAACUCGCGCAUUCGACUACAAAAGGCGCUAAUCUCCACAAACUCCAUGGCUGUAGAGCCUUACAAGACGGAGACUGCGCAAGAUGCGCCCAUUGAGGCAGCCGAGGCCGCUGCUCUAACUCUUCUGAACAAUCUCACGAAUCUCCGACUUUCUCUGGAGGAGUCGCGGACAGGCCAGAAGCGGAAGCGCACAGCAUUCGAUUCCACGACGCCGUCAUCUGAGAUCUGGGCGAAUAUCCAAGACAGCGAAAAGACCACCCUCCCGCACCGCAAAGCCGUCCUUGAACGCUGGUCAAACAAGACGAAAGCGACAACCGUCACGAACAACAAGGCACGCCUCAACGCAUCCGCGCAACAGACCCUGACGGAAGUCCUCGACUCUCAGCUGACAUCGUCGCACCUGGUGACCCGCACCCAAACCCCACGUUCCUGUGCGCCCCUCCAAUCCUCUGGCAAAGCUGUUCAGCCCGACCCCGCAAUCUACGAUGACGCCGAUUUCUAUGGACUUAUGCUCAAAGAGCUUCUCGAACAACGCUCAGCCGAUCUCAACGCAAACGGAACCGCCGAGUUCGUCGUACAAGCGCCCUGGCAGGUUGCUCGCGAAGCCAAGACGAAGAAGGUUGUUGAUACAAAGGCUAGCAAGGGCAGAAGGCUACGAUACACCGUGCAGGAGAAGCUGCAGAACUUCAUGGCGCCCGAAGAGAGAGGCGAAUGGGGUGAUAGGCAGAGGGAUGAAUUGUUCAGUAGUUUGUUCGGGCAAAGAUUGGGGCUUGGAGAGAAUGAUGACGUGGAGAGUGAGGAGGAGGCUGGUGUCGAUGCUGAGGAGGCUGGACUGAUGUUGUUCAGAAGUUGA